GUUUGCUGCAGCCAUGAGUCUAGCCACGAGUAUUUGUUUGUCUUUGACUGGUCAUUUGAGUCACAGACCAUUCUUGGCAUUCGUUUGCAUUCCGAACUAUGAUUCUGUUUCUCCCGGUGUAGUUUGGAAGCCCCAAUUUAAUCAUUUCCGACCUAAUUGCAAGGAUACAUUCCACUGUAUUCGAUUCAGGAACUCCUUCCGCCGCUCUCUUCCCUUAAGCUUAUAUGCUUCCGACGCGGAGGGUACCUCACUCGCUCUACAGGUAGCAAGACCAGUCGUACGUUAGGAAUACGGGUAAAUCUUCAUCCUUUGCCUCCUGAAGGGGGUGAUGGUGAGAGUCAGUUAUCACUUUAAGAGUGUGCUAAAACAGAAGCCGCAGAGUAUCGCGAGAACUGUUACAACCAGCGACAUCUCGCGAUGUUUGGACCGGCAAAGGGUGGCUAUUUUGGAGUCCACCCGCCGGCUUUUUACCCCGGCGGCGUCUGCCAACCUGCUGCCGGGACCAAAGCUGGCCCCACGGGUGUCUGGUCUGUGGGCGGCCGGACCGACACGAUGUGGCGGCUCCGCUGCAAGGCCAAGGAUGGCACCCAUGUUUUGCAGGGGUUGUCCAGCCGGACCCGGAUGCGGGAACUCCAGGGCCAAAUUGCCGCCAUCACCGGGAUCGCCCCCGGCUGUCAGCGAAUCCUCGUAGGAUACCCGCCCGAGUGCCUGGACCUCAGCAACGGGGAUACCAUUCUGGAGGAUUUGCCCAUUCAGUCAGGCGACAUGCUGAUUGUUGAAGAAGACCAAACCAGGCCCAAAAUGUCACCUGCAUUUACAAAACAUGGUGCUCCUAGUUACAUCAGGGAAACUUUGCCUGUGCUUACUAGAGCGGUGGUCCCAGCAGACAACUCUUGCCUCUUUACCAGUGUGUACUAUGUUGUUGAAGGAGGAGUCUUGAAUCCAGCUUGUGCCCCUGAGAUGAGACAUCUCAUAGCACAAAUUGUAGCAAGCAAUCCAGACUUCUACAGCAAGGCAAUACUGGGAAAAACAAAUCAAGAGUACUGUGACUGGAUCAAAAGGGAUGAUACUUGGGGUGGAGCUAUUGAGAUAUCCAUUUUGUCUAAGUUUUAUCAAUGCGAAAUAUGUGUGGUGGAUACACAGACAGUACGAAUUGAUCGUUUUGGGGAAGAUGCAGGAUAUACCAAAAGGGUCCUGCUUAUUUAUGAUGGCAUCCACUAUGAUCCGCUUCAGCGUGUCUUCCCCAACCCAGACACCCCUCCUCUGACCAUUUUCUCCUCUAAUGAUGAUAUUGUUCUUGUGCAAGCACUGGAAUUAGCAGAUGAAGCUAGAAGCAAGAGACAAUUUACUGAUGUAAACCGCUUCACCCUGAGAUGCAUGGUAUGUCAGAAGGGAUUAACUGGACACGCAGAAGCAAGGGACCAUGCCAAGGAGACAGGCCAUACCAACUUCGGAGAAGUGUGAUCCAUGCAUAAUGAGGAUUGACGCCUACUACCUCACAGAUCCAGAAGGUUCUGGGUUUUCCAAUAAGCUAUUCGUAACCCUAAAGAACAAAAGGACACAAUGCUUGAACCAUCCUUUUAACCUAAAGCCACUAAGACACUGAAUUCCUUGUUAAAAUUAGUGUGCAAGUUUACA